UUUAGUUUACCUUUUUGUCAAGAGUUCUUCUUUUGUGAUGAAAGGAUCAGAUCAAAUAUCAAAGUGGGUUUAAUGGUAAAAUUGAAGGUGGAGAUGAGAACGCCGAAGCCGGAUCUGCAACCUUAAUGGUGGACGGAAAAUUGAUCGACGAUUACUUGGUGAAAAUUGCUUAUGGCUCUAAUCUAAAGCUGAAAAUAUUAUAUGAUCUCGGUGUCGUCUUGCUGGAAGACGCCAGCCUCUUUGACGACAGGGUUUAUCGAGCCGUCGAUUUUUACCUCAAGGGUCGGAAAAAUGGAAAAUGUCGUGGAGGAGAAGAAAGGGUGGAGAAUUUCAGCGGUGGUGGGACGUCACAGAGGAGAUGAAAGGAAAAGAGAGUUCAGGUAAGGGUAUAGUGGAUGAAAAAGAGUGAUUAGGGCAAAGUUGGGGAAAAGAGGUGAAGGCUAUCGGUUUUGAGGGGGUGGAGGAUUCCGAUGGUGGUAGUGAAUAUGGGAAGAAAGUGUAGUGUCGGGUGGUGUUUGGUGAGGAAAAGAGGUAUUAGGGUAUGUAUGUAUGUAUAUAUAUAUGUGUGUAUGUUUUGAUGUAUGUGUGUGUAUGUACAUGUGUGUUUUGAUGUAUGUGUGUGUGUAUGUACAUGUGUAUGUAUGAUGAUGCAGAAAUUCGUUAAACUUGGAGUGAGUGGUCAAAUUCCUU